GUGAGAUUUAUAGAUUGCACCACCACCCCAUAUUGCUCCCCCCAUCGUCAUCAAAAUGGGCUGGUUCCCUCGCUCCAUAGACUCCGAAGCCAACCAGUGGCAGUUCGACAUUGUCGGCCUGUUGGCUGUGAUCGGAGGCUCGGCCCUAGAAAAGCAUCUCCCAGCGAUCACUGCCUCGCCCUUCAGCGCCUUCCCCCGGCUGCUGCCCGCGCCCGAGUCCCUCCUCAGCACCGAACGCAGCCACCGACUGCCGGCCGUCAAGAACAUCAGGGUGGUGGGCAUCCAGUCGGGCAACCUGGUGGGCGAGCUCAACUACUUUGCCGAUCUCAUCCACAAUGUCGAGAGUCUGCCGAGCUUCAUGGUCAAAGUGUGUCACAUCCGCCACCACCGGGAUGUCGAAGGCCAGGACAAACCAGGCCAGCAGGGCGACAGUGGGCGGCCGAUCCGCAUCCAGCCCUUCUGCUGGCUCAACAUCGUGACCUGGCUGUCGGUGCUGAUCCUGGCGGGUCUGCUGGUGGCCGCGGGGGUCCUACACGACGGCGUGGCCCUGCUCGCGCUGGCGACCAUGUCGUGUUCCACCAGCGCGGCGUCGCUGUCUGCGCUGUGGUCGCCCUCGCUGGCGCAGCGCACAGCGAGCAACCAAGUGCCGCCCGCCAACGUCGUCCUGGUCACCCGCGGGGGCGCCUUUGUCGUGGUCAACUGCGACGAGUAUGUGUGUCGUGAGCUGUACACGGGCAAGGACGACUGCAGCUACCGCUACAAUCGCACCGGACAUCGCAGUCUGCUGGCGACGAGCACCCUGCUGCUCAUGGCCGCCGUCAUCCUCUUCGGCAGCUGUACCUGGAGGAUGCAGAUCGCCGUGGGGAGCGCCUACAUCGUGCUGAACGCCAUGUACUGGCUGCUCGCCCUGCUGGUCGAGCCGCGCGAUAUCUGGGAUCUCACGCGCUACGAGGUCGAGGAAGAGUCGUCAACACGGGCUACCAACUUCACGCAGGCCCUGUGGCUCGCCAUCCACCACGCGGGGGACACAAAAUGGGUGCGACGCGCGGACGCCGCUCCGAUCUCUGAUGCCUGGGAUCAGUGGCUGGCGGAGGCGAAGAGAAACGUCCACAAUAUCGACUGGGACGCUGUGGGCUGUAAAGACCGGCUGAUGAGGGCGGCUGUAGAGGAGCACAAGUCGACUGUCGCACUAUUGAGAUAGAUUAAUCUAUUCUUCUAUUCUGGCC